ACAAUGACCGCCAGAGCCUCUGCGACAGUGUGCGCAAGGAUUCGACCGCCUUCGUCCACCAUCAUCAUUUUAUUGCUCUUAUCCUCUGCGUCAGCGUACGCAAGGAUCUGAUUGUCCUUUCAUCUUCAGACGCACUUGGUUUUAUCCUCUGUGCCAGGGUGUGCAAGGAUACUCCAGAGACAAAAUCGCCACUCUUUUAUUUCAUUCAUAUCGUUCAUUUGUUUUGUUGACAAUGAAGGGGUUUGUAAUAACUCUGGCGACGCUGGUUCUGGCUGCCGCAGGCCAGAAGCACGAGUGCGAGCGACCGUGCAUACCCGGAGACACGCGCACGUGCAUGUACGAAUUCAACAUCAUAGAAUACCAUACGCUGAGCCGCGCUUGCUACGACUGCCCCAACACCCUGGCUGACUGCGCGCGCGAGGAGUGCGUGGCUGCGGAUGGCGUCUCGCGGCCGCUCCUCGCCGUCAACCGCCAGCUCCCGGGACCGGCCAUUCAGGUGUGCGAGGGCGACCGCGUGGUGGUAGACGUCCACAACUCGCAGUUCUCUGACACGGAAACCAUCCACUGGCACGGACAACACAUGCGGGGCCACCAGUACUACGACGGCGUCCCCUUCGUCACCCAGUGCCCCAUCAUGGGCUCCUUCCGCUACGACUUCCCCGCGGCCACGCCUGGCACUCACUGGUGGCACUCGCAUACAGGCCUCCACCGCGCGGAGGGCAUCUUCGGCGCCUUCGUCGUGCGCCAGCCGGAGGACCCGCUUCUCGCCGCCUACGAGAUCGACUCCCCCGACCACGUCAUCGUCAUGCACGACUGGACGCACAUGUCUGCCAUGAACAAGUUCCUGGGGCGCCACCACAGCGUCCUCGACGACUACGCCAGGGUCGUCCUCGUCAACGGGAAGGGCAGGAACUACGCGGCGAAGUUAGAGGGCGUGGAGAUGGUGAACACGCCCCUGGAGGUGGUCACCGUGACGCCCGGCCUGAGGCACCGCGUCCGCCUCGUCAGCGCCACCAGCCUCAACUGCCCGAUCGUCGUGAGCGUCGACGACCACAGGCUCGUCCUCGUGGCCACCGACGGCUCCGAGAUCGUUCCCUACGCCACCGACUCGCUCGUCAUCUACUCAGGAGAGAGGUUCGACGUCGUGCUCGAGGCCGACCAGCCCGUCGACAACUACUGGAUCCGGUUCACGGGACUCAUUGACUGCGAGCCAUUCGAGAGCGUGCAAGGCGCCAUUCUCCGUUACGAAGGCGCCCCUGAGGAGGAACCGGCGGGCGCUCUGACAUACGACCCCGCCUAUCCACCGGGCACUGUGGUGAAUCCCCUGAAUUCCGCGGGCGGGGCGAACGAGGUCACCAUGACUGACCUCGACGCCCUCACGCCCUCGACACUUCCUCCUGAGGUCGACAGGCAGUUCUACCUGGCCUUCGACUUCAGCCAAGUCAACAACUCUCUGCUGUACAACCCUGAUUUGUACCCUUACAAUGGAGUGUCGGAGGAAUGGCAGGUGAACACGCCGCAGCUGAACGAACUGAACUUCGUCUUCCCCCCCUCCCCCCCGCUCUCCCAGCCCGAGGCCGCCAUCCCCAGCCUCUGCCGCUACGGAGAGGAAGUGUCUCGCGACUUCUGCCGCUGCACCUACCUGCUGGAGGUGGCACUCGGGGAAACGGUGGAGAUGGUGCUCGUCGCUGAGGGCCAGAUCGGGGACGAGAACCACCCGUUCCACCUCCACGGCAACAAGUUCCACGUGGUCGCCAUGGGGAAGCUGGGCAGCGCUACGACGGUGCAGGAGGUGAUGGACCUGGACGCUGCAGGAGGCAUCACGAGGAAACUGCAGGACGCGGUCGAGAAGGACACCGUCACCAUUCCCGACGGAGGAUUCACCAUCGUCAGGUUCACCGCGGAUAACCCGGGCUGGUGGCUGAUGCACUGCCACCUGACAUUCCACUCCGAGGUAGGAAUGGCAGCUCUCCUGCACGUGGGGCAGGUGGAGGACCUCCCCCCCGUCCCCGCCGGAUUCCCGACUUGCGGACACUUCAUGCCGGAAAUUUGAAGGAUGACAUGUCCGAGUUAGAAAAGGAAAGAAAACGGCACCUUCUUGCUGGUUUCUCGUGACGCCCGUUUCUCUUCAGUUGACUUGUAAUUUAUUUAUUUAUUUUCAUGGCUCUCUUUCUCUUUAUGCUUCCAUUCAUCUUGCAUUUCUGUAUUGAUUGAUUUAUUCUAUGCCCUUCAGUAAUUGUUUUAUGAUCUCUAAGAUCCCUUGGUUUAAAAAAAAUAGAAAAUGGCAUGGAAUAUUUUUUUUCCCAAUAAACAUUUGCACUGCAAA